CCACCUGCCUCUGCCUCCUGAGUGCUGUGAUUAAAGGUGUGUACUACUAUGUCCAGCUCCAAAUAUGGAGUGUUUCACAAAUUUUUGUGUCAUCCUUGCAUAGGGGCCAUGUUAAUCCUAUCCUUGUAUUGUUCCAAUUUUUGUAUAUGUGCUACCAAAGUGAGCACCCACUUAAUUUUUUUUAAAUGGUUAGGAACAUAGCCAAUACUGCCCUCAACACCUUUAUGUGGAAUCAAGGUACACGGUUUCCCUUCUGCCUUUGUACUCAGACCCACCUCCUUGGCCAGGAGCUGUUUAUUUCUCAAAGAAGAGGUUCUGCUGAGAUUAGCCUAGAGUGGAGUACCCAGAGCCCGUCCCUACCCUGCAGUGACCAGGGCUACCUCUCAGGAGGCUUACACACCUCGGCCAGAGAACAACAGGGGUAACUUCUGACAUUUCCUACUUCCUCAGGCUCCUCCAACAGCAGCUUAGAAGGGUGUCAGACCAGGUUUCCUAGGUCUUCCACAAUCACAGUAGUCUCCACACCUACCAUUUGUGGGCAUAACCAUUGUUAUAUUCAGAGAUAUUCCCAUGCUCACUCCCAAUAUUCCCAAAAGUCCCCACCAUGUUUCCCUGUGCUUAGCUUUAGCUGGAAGAUGUAGGAAGUAAGGCUGAAUAAUCCAGAAAUGCUUCCUUAUAGAGGCAGGGUUCCUGAACCUGCUAGUGACCACAUGAAGAAACUGAGACUCAGAAAGACAGGAUAGUCUCACCAUGAGGAAGCCUGAAGGGCUCCAUCAGGGACUCCCUUCCUGUUGUCUAGAAUUGUGUGAGGAGGUGAACAAAAGUGGCUCCAGAGAGCCAAGAGAUCCAACCUGGAACUGCCAGGCCUGGAUCUGGGCAGGCCAUACGCUUUAUGUGCCUGCUAGAAAUGCCCAGCUUAUGAUGAUCUUCUCUGAAAGGCAUGAUAUAUGCUCUGGACUACCCUUACUGGCUUUCUUAGUUUCCCAAACCCAGAGAAGCUCCCUGGGGUGGAAGAGGAAAGGGGGAGUUUUACACAACAAUAAAGGGUAACCACAGGCAGUGUGGCAGCAGCACGUAUGAAUGGGGCAUCCUUUUCCUCAGCAGCCUAGCCAGGGUGGGUAUGCUGGAGUUGGAAGAGGCUUGUUGGGGUUCAGGAGAUGUCAAGGAAGAUGAUACAGCUUUGUUGCACACUUCACAGAAGGCCUUUACAAGCACCACAAGCCUGCCGGAAGAUGGAGGUGGAGCUGGGCUGAAGCCCAAUCUGAGGGGUGGGGACAGAGGCAGGGGCGGGGACAAGGCAUGUUGGAGCAGGUUGGGGACUACUAAAAAUCAGCCAACAGGAAGAAAACUCGGGAGAAACACUAUGGGAGCGUGGGCUGUGCUGUGUGGAGUCUCAUUGAUUUGUAUGCUGGACCUAGGUCGGCAGAGUCUGAUUGAGGAACUUAGUUGUGGCCCUGGCAGCUUCCAGCAUGGAACUGGCACCAACACGCGAUGCUGCAGCGUGUGUGCUCCAGGCCAGAAGACCUGUCCUGAAGGAGACUGUAUGUGUGUCAUGCCGGAGUACCACUGUGAAGACCCUCAGUGCAAGACCUGCAAACACUACCCCUGCCAACCAGGGCAGAAGGUGCAGCUUUAUGGGAAUAUUAAGUUUGGCUUCGAGUGUGUUGACUGUGCCAUGGGCACCUUCUCCGCAGGUCGUGAGGGCCACUGCAGACCUUGGGCCGAAGACCCAGCCACACUUGGAGGUGCAGCCACCAGCUGAGGAUGCUUGCAGCUUCCAGUUCCCUGAGGAGGAGCGUGGGGAGCACACGGAGGAAAAGAGUCGUCUGGGAGACCGGUGGCCAUGAGGGUU